UCCAUGAGCAGAGGGAAGCAGUUACCACAGCCCUCUGUCUACUUGGAAAGAACACCCUAUGCUUAAGCAAUGAAGAGCUAUCCAUGAUCCACCUUACCAUUGAGGCCCUGAGACCCUUCGAAGAGGCAACGCGGGAAGUUUCAGCCGAAAAACAUGUUUCUGUCUCAAAAGUGAUUCCCCUUGUGUCACUACUUCUCAGAGCAGCUGCAGCCACUGAGCGUCAAGGUAGCUCCCUUGCCACAGAACUGGCACUGCAAUGUCAACGCAGAUUCCGUGGGAUUGAAACCUUUCACAGUCUCGUUGCCAGCACGUUCUUGGACAUAAGGUUUAAAAACCUUGCAUUUUGUGACAGACAAUGUGGAAACUAUGAAAAAGCGAAUGCUUACUGAAAUGCAGGAAGUCCAUCAGCCCACUUCAGAGUCACCACCGCCAGGCUCUACCUCAGCACCUGUGCCAAGCUCUGCCUCUGCACCUAUGCCAAGAUUUGCCUCACCAGUGACUCCUGCAUCUACCCCAAGCUCUGCCCCAGCUACAGCAAAAGGAGGGAUAUGGGCGGAUUUUGACAUUCAAGUUCUGUCUGCCCAACAGCACCGCUCAACAGGUACUGAUGCACUCAUUGAAAUGCGCCGUUACUUAGAGGAAAAGUUAAUUCCCCGGGACCAGGACCCAUUACAUUGGUGGCAAGAGCAUGAGCAAACAUUCCCAUCCCUAAGCAGACUUGCAGCAAAAUACCUGGGAUUCAUUGCUUCAUCCGUACCCUCAGAAAGAAUUUUUUCAAAGGCAGGAGAGUUAGUGAGCCAAAGAAGAAACAGACUGAAGGGGGAAAAUGUCAACAUGCUGUUGUUUCUAAACAAAAACCUAUAAAUGGGGAAAGAAUCAAGGUAGAGGUUGACAAUUACUUUAUGUAGCCUACAUUUCAAGUGCUGACCUCAGGUGCAUCCUGCCUGGUGCUGUAAGAAGUUUAUGUG